AUGACACUGAAGAAGCAGAAGCAAGAAAUCCAGCAGGGGAGAGAGAUAAAAUUAUUAUAUGAUAAGAACAAGAGCAAGUACGGGAUACUUGAUACGACCAAGACGGGUGUGAUUAUAUCUGAUGGUGUAGUUACGACUGAUGAAAUAAUGGCAUCUGUGGAUAUAGGCAGUAAAGAGCGUGUGUAUAAGUUACGGAUGGGUGAUGGUCCGUAUACUGUUAGGUAUUCUAUAAGUGGUGAUACUGUUAUGUAUAUGGGCCAGGAGGGGGUUACGUCCAUAAAUACGAUCGGGUUAUCAAUAAAUGCGGAGCGGUCUCUUAGUGAUAAGGUGUAUGACGGCACGUUCCUUCACAGUGGUUCAUUUUAUGCGCUUGCUCAGUCGCAGGCUGUGUACGUAUAUGAUAAAAUGGGUGUGGAAUUGCAUGUUAUAAGAGGUGCCCGUGGUGUUCGCAGCUUAAAGUUCUUACAGGACCACUUCCUGCUUGCGACUGUUUCUGAUAAUGGGUACUUACGGUAUCAAGACACCACGAUCGGGAAGUGCGUAUCUGAGAUAAAAACCAAGGAGCGGGAUUCUUCAUUAGAAGCCGACCGGACAAAUGGGGUUGUAUACUUAACUGGUCAAUCCGGGACUGUUUCAUUAUGGUCACCUCGGUCGCCGGAGUAUUUAUCGAAGGUUCUAUGCCACCGAUCGAGAGUACGCCACUGUAAAGUAUCUGAUGAUGGGUGCAUGCUGUAUACUGGGUCCAAGAACGAGGUUAAGACGUGGGACAUACGGAACAUGUUCAAGCCCAUUCAAGAGAUGACUCUGCCCGGGCUAGUCCGGGAGAUGAGCAUAAGCCAGACGGGCAAGCUUGCGGUGAGUCAGCGAUCGGGUGUUAUAGUGUACAAUAAGCACUUACACCCAGAAGUACAGCACAGUAUGGGGCGUGAUACUGCCCACUCACUUACGUUCAUGCCGUAUGAGGACAUUUUAACGAUCGGGAGCACUUCGGGUGUAGAGAAUAUUAUUGUACCCGGGUCUGGCAGGACGGUGUACCGGCGGCAUGAGAACCCGAACCUGUCCCGGAAGGAGAAGAGGAAUUCAGAAGUCAGAAGGAUCCUUGAGAAGAUCCCUGCUGAUUUAAUAUCCUUAGAGAACGAUAUUGGCUCAGAGGCCAAGGACUUAUUUGAAGAGGAGAUCGUGCCGAUGAAGCAUGAAACCCCAGCAGGCAAAGUAAGGAGACUUAUGAAGUUAAACUACGGCUGAUGCGCAGAACAUAAUAGCAAUAGAGUAAUAAAUAAUAAAUAAUAGCAAUAGAG